GUGAGGAGGAUCAGCAAUACACAGUCACCAUGAAGGAGGCCACGCUUGUAGGGAGCACCAUGGGUGGCGGCACCCUCUCCUGGUUGGACUACGGGGUGUUUAGCCUCAUGCUGCUGCUCUCCCUCCUGGUGGGCGUCUACUUCGCCAUCAAGAGUCGCAACAAGGGCAACGACGAGUUCUUGGUGGGCGGCCGAAGCAUGACUUGCCUGCCCAUGUCCAUGUCGCUGGUGGUGACCUACCUCUCAGCGGUAUCUCUUCAAGGCUUCCCCGCUGAGACCUUCUACCACAGUAUGCAACCUGUCCUUACCAAAUCUAGCAUCCUGGCAAUACCCAUUGCCGCCGCCGUCUUCGUUCCCUUCUACUACGAACUAAAAAUUGUUUCCGCUUACCAGUACCUGGAGAUGCGGUUCAACUCUGUGACAACGCGUCGUGUGGCCAGCGCCCUCUUCAUCACGCAGACGCUUCUCUACCAGGCCAUCGUCAUCUACGCCCCGGCUCUCGCCCUCGCUGCCGUCACCGACUUCCCCAUGUGGCUCGCCAUCCUUGUCGUGGGCGCUAUCGCCUCCUUCUACACUACCAUCGGAGGCCUGAAGGCGGUGGUGUGGACCGACGCCCUACAGUUUGUGAUCGUGCUGGGAGGCCUCAUGACCAUCGUCAUCAUGGGAGUGAACGAGGUGGGCAGCCUGCAGAAGGUAUGGGACAUCAACGUCAAACAUAAGCGUGCAGGACUACAGAUUUUCAACUGGAGUCCGGACAUAUUUGAGCGACACACCGUGUGGGGUCUGUCGUGGUCAGGCUUCUUCGGCAGCAUUGUGACCUACGGCAGCUCCCAGACGGCCAUCCAGCGGUACUCCAGCAUGAAGAGCCUCACCCACGCCUACCUGUCAGUGUUGCUCCUCGUCCCAUACUUCGCCGCCGUCGCUGUCCUGUUGACCCUCACUGGUCUGGUGUUGUUCGCGACCUACGAGGACUGCGACCCUCUGAAGGCCGGGCUGAUCCACUCUAAGGACCAGAUUCUGCCGUACUACGUCAUGGAUCGCUUCAGCUCUGUCCCUGGCCUGGCAGGACUCUUCAUAUCCUGCAUAUUUUCCGGGGCGCUGAGCACCAUCUCGUCCGGAGUGAACUCUCAAGCAGCUGUCACCUGGGAAGACUGGCUGUCUAAGAUGCCAAGCUGUGCCUCCCUCUCCACCUCCACCCAGACCCUCAUCACCAAGUUACUAGCGCUGGUGUACGGGUUCCUGGCGGUGGGUCUGGCCUUCAUGGCGGGCAAGACGGGAGGCAUCCUGCAGGCAGCCGUCGCCGUCAUCUGGUCUGUGACUGGUCCCCUCAUGGCCGCUUUUGUCAUGGCAAUCUUCAUGCCCUUCACCAAUGCCAAGGGCGCGUGUACCGCCAUGCUGCUGGGCACCACCGUGGCUCUGGGGUUGCACAUCGGGUCGACGGCCGUGGGCAUCACACCUUACUACCUCCCCACCUCCAUUGAAGGCUGCCCUGCCGACCUCAACAUCACCACUACCACACCAAAGCCCAUCGUCAGAGUGGAGGACCUGGACUUCCCUAAGAAGCUGCUGGGAAUCUCCUACACCCUGCUGGGAACACUCGGCUUCGUGGUGGCCCUCACCAUCGGCAUCCUUGUCAGUGUCUUGACCGGAUGCAACAAGGACCAAACCAUCAAGCGAGAACUGGUCCACAAGUGGGUGCGCUGGUGCCUCCCUGACCCCGACGACUGCAACACCCACUUUGAUGGCAAGAAAUAUACAACACAUUUCUAAGACCUUUAAGUCCACGUAAUUUACAGCUUGUUAUGUGUUGUAUAAAACACACUUGAAGACACAGUUCGUUCGCAUCCGUGUAAAUGUGUCGGCAGAAAGAUGACCCCCGGCCAGUACCAUCGUCGUGACCUUGCCUGUAAGAUCUACUGGAGGUCAGGGACGACACACCCAGGUCAACGGCAGCACCACUACACCUUAAUGUUCAACACGAGAGGACCUCUUGUCAACACACCCGAUACCUUUAUGUCGCCUUAAUGAGGUGAUCACAUAUACCUGACCACAACUACAGACCCUAGCACUACAGUUCACUUCCCACUUUACGAUACCUACUAGAGUAGGACUGUACAGUAUAGAGGUGGAACAUUUGGGUUCCGGGCUCAAUAAAACAACAAGAACAUAAGAAAAUAAGGAGUCUGCAAUAGGCCGGUUGGCCUGUGCAUGGCAGCUCCUGUCGAGAGUUACUACCACUCU